CCGAAACAAAGGUGGUGCACUGCCUACUGUACACCUCCAGCGUUUGUGCAACAAGCCAAGGAAGCACAGAUAUGACAGUGCCAGUUAGCUGGAAGGUUAAAUUAUUUGGACUGGUAAAGACAUGCAAGCAUUAGAAAAGAGCAAGAUCCCUGAGUCUCAGCUGUGGAAUCGAGGAACAAGGUGCAUUACAGGCUGGGCGAUGUCAAGAUGGGCCGACUCAUUGGUGGAAUCUGAGCCAGCAUCUAUUUUUUUUUGUGAUGGAGAUUCCACCACUGCACGACUUUCAUGAUAUUUCUCUUCAUUAACGGAUGUGAAAGGACAGACUCAAAACCAAAAGGGAAGAGAGGAGGAAGCUAGAGGGAAAGUACUUGCAGGUUUUUCCGAAGCAACGACCCGGAGAAGGCACUUUUGAAGAUUCCAGCGGCCUGAAGAGCGGACUCUGAUAUGAGUGCCAAGUGUUUGCUGUUGUCUCUGAUUCUCGCCUCUGUCAGUUUCCUCAUGCUCUAUGCACACAUGAUCCUCGAAGAAAAGCCUGUUAGCAAUGGUUCUUCCUCAGCCAGUCUACAAGAGCAAACGCAUUCUGAUCCUCCCCCCGUCCUAAUCGUAGAAUUACCAAAAACAGUAAACAAGAAGCCUGAUAAGAAACAGAAAAAGAACAAGUUCAGCACCAAAACCAAGCGACCGCCGCCUCCAGCCAACUGCGUCCCUUUGUGGGGAAGCUGCAAGACGCCCAACUCCAUGUGCUGCGAGUACUGCGCCUUCUGCCAGUGCCGCCUCUUUAAGACCGUGUGUUACUGCCGUAUUGGCAACCCGAGGUGCUGAGUACCUGCGCCCGGAGGGCAUCCCUAUCCGGAAAAAGGCCAUUCUAAUGGUAUUAUUUCUGGGGGAAAAUGACGAGGACUCGGACGUAGAUGUCACCGGCCGUUGUCUUGUAAUAGCUAUGUUAUUUUUCUAAAAGUAUAAGCACACUUAGGCAUAUUUAGUAUGUUUUAAAUUGCAGUUAAAAUAUUUAAUGCAAUUUAUGAAAAAAACCGAUACAGUACGGUAAUGGACAACUAUCUUAUGAGACACAAGUAUUUACCCUGAUAGAAAUGUUAUUUAUGUAGCCGCGACUACAAACGCAAGUACCGACACCCCUUCACAUUCGCAAGGGUUAGGGGCGGAAGAAUCCCGCGAAUGUGAAAAUUAUAGCGAAUAAUACUUCGACCCAUUAUUAAAUAUGCAAAAUGAACAGCACUGAAAAGUUUAAAGGUUACUGUGAGAAACACUGAUAUUCCAUGGUCACAGAGACAGCUAAGUCAGGGGGGCUGGUGGCUGAAACUGAGAUGCCCGACGUUCCCAGGCAAAGAUCCGUAGCUCCCACAGCCUCUUUCUUUUAAUAUUUUUUUUUUAUAUAAAAAUAACUUAAAAUUAAAGAUAUAGUACCACUUGCACCAGUAAAUAUAAAAUGCUACUAAUUUUCGUAGGCUAGGCCUAUAUUGUAUUGUCUAUAUGUGAUAAACUUUUUAGUAUUGUUUAGGCCUGUAUAUCUUUGGCUUAAACGUUGUCUGCGAGUUUCUCCAGAAAUAUUCCGGUUAAGUUGUUCACGGCCAACUUGCGAAUAACCGAAACCGCAACUGUCUGCAGUGAAGUAGCCUAAAUGGGGAGAGGAUUCAAAAUGGAAAAGCUGAACCCGGCAUUCUGCGCUAAUUUAUUUACUCUGAACUUAAGUUGUGGAAUAUUGAUAUCUUUUGCCUGUGAUUAUAAGAUAAAAACUACAUAAUUACGUAUCUUUAAUACAAUUUUCUCCUUAUUAAUUAGGCCUAGUCUUUUUUCCAAGCCGGAUUCCUAAAACCAUUCCUGAUGAUUUGUUUACUUGUGUGUUUUCCUCAGUCACGUUUUCCAAAAACGUUUACAAAUUAGAUUUAAUUAAAAGUAUAUUUUAAUGGGCCCGUGAGUUAGACAGUUUAAAUAGUAUUACAGCAUUACAAGGGAAUAACUUUAUGGCUGAAAGAUGAAGUGCAUAGUAGUGUUUUUGCAGGAGGGGGAUGACUGUUUUUAACUGUUUUGUACUUUGUGUUUGGAUCGUUAUAUUUGACCAGGCUGACAAAUACAGGGAGUCGGGCCGCAAGCAGGGUUGCAGGAAAGCCGUGCGUAAACACGCGGUACUUUAACUAAUGGACUGCUAUCACAUUGCCGUUUGCAUUUGGCUUAUUGAGUUUGGUUACCUUUCCUGAAAUGGAAUAUUUUGCACAUUUAAAGUUGCGUUUUGCUAUAAAUGUAUGUUUUUAUUGCAUAGCAGGGGCAACACUUGUAUAAAUGUGUUUAGAUGCUGACAAUGCUACAUAAAAGCGACUAUUUUAAUAUAAUGUGUAAUUACACAACAGUUAGUUAUAUUGUUAGCAUAAAACACGUUUGGCUAAUCACUUUUUUCUAAUUUUUACCAUAUGCUUAAUGAAGAGGGACUGCUAAUAAUCAAAUUUUGCACUAAUUCAAAUAAAUCAGCUAAUAUAUUUGCAGCUUAUUUUAAAUAGAAAAUAUAGGUCAGCAGUUUGUAUUUUGAUAUAACACUUAAUAGGUUUAUAAAGAUGUUUGCCAUGUGUGUGCCUGUGUAAAUGUGUGUGAAAUAAAUGUUUUAAGACUGGU